AUGGCAGAUUUAUAUUCAGAAGAGCACGAAUGAAUUUAUAAUAAGAAAAUUUUAAGGCAGAGCCAAAACUCGCUUCUUUAAGCUUUAAGACCUUUAUUACUCAUUGCCAGCGACAUAAGACGAUUUAUCUUCAUAUCUCACCCACGUUUUCUUUGAAAAAUUACAUGUUAUCGAUGAGAUUACCCAACUAAUAGCAUUUCAUUAUUGGAGUGCGAUGAUCUGCAGAUUGCAUCUAUCUUGCCUCAGACGAUCCGCAUUUCUACUUGGACAGCAUCUACUACUCCUUCUUGCCACUCACGCUUUGAUGCCGACCCAUCUUAUCAGACAUCCUAUCUUAGAAGUCAAGGUAUGAUCAUAUUAUAGUAGAGCUUGGCUUGAAGAAACUCUCCUUGUCAGCUGAGCAAAAACUUGACUUCAGAGGGAAAUUAGAUUAAUAAAUGCAGCUCUUUAUAUUGAUUUGAGCUGCCAUAUUUUUCUAUAUUUAGAAGUACAAAAGAUAAAAGUUGCAAAAUUUUUAUUAGAGAAAAGGAUAAAAAUUGAAGAAUUUUGAGUAACGCUUACAACUUUAUAUAUAAAUGACUCUGAUCGCCAUAGACAGUUCCAAACUGAGUUUAAUAUCAUUUCUGCUUCGCAAAAGAGUAUAGAGGGUAUGAUUAAAAAGUAUAAAGAUGAUCUUCGAAUUCAAUGCUUUUAUAGAGACUUAGCUGAACAAUGUCGCAUUACUCAAAUUUUAUUGAAUAAAAAAAUUUUCAAAAUCCAUAAGCAAAACUAUAAUAAUUCUUACAACUCAGAUUUCAAUUAUCUUUACAAUGCUGACGAAAAUCUAAAUGGAACAGAAAUUUACAUUUAUAAUCUAAAAUCUCAUAAAAUAACUUCAACAUUUGGGCUAAAAUCUUAUGAACCAAAUAGACGUUUAUUUAGCUUGAACGAUCUGGACUUUUUGCUAGUAUAGAGUUUUCUCGAGAAAUUUGGUCCAAAAUUUUUGAUAGUGAGACAUUAUCCCCGAAAAGUCAAAUUUUGAUAAUAUCACAUGAAGAAAAAAUUCAGAAAUACCCUGGAGAAAUGUCGCACUGCAGGAAAAAGUAUGCACCGACGUUUACUUGAUAAAAUAACAAACUAUGUAAAAAUUUCGAACUCGCAUUUACUUAUCUUGGGAUCUGUCCAAGAAAGAUAUAAAGGAUUAUUAAUGGAUCUAAAAACUAAAGCAAUAACUGAGAUGUUUAAUUUUACUAGCCUAUAUAAUGAAUUUGACACUUUUAAUCAAAUUAUUUAUUAUGAAAAUUAUUUAUUUGUAUUUGGGGAUUUAGGUAGGUCAGGCUUGGCAAAAUAUGACAUAAAUCGGAACGAGUGACAGAAAUUGGCAUUUCCACAGUUGAAUAAAAGAGUUUUUGCUGUUCUUUUCCGCAACUAUGUCUUAUUAAGCAGUUUUUAUAACUCAUCCUUUUAUUUAUAUGAUCUUUUAAUUGAAGCUCAUUCAGAAAUUAGAUUUUAUAAGCAUGCAAAAAGUCGUAAAUUUUUAUUUACUGAUCAAGUUAAGGUUUAUUUAUGGAUUCAAAACAACUCUAUUUAUGAAAGCGAAGAAAAUAACCCAUUUAAAUGAAAUAUCAUAGGAAAUAAUAAUUUUGGAAUUCGUGAGUUUCCUUUUGAUAUGACUUUCAGCUAUUUUGAGGGGAAUAUUUAUGCUAGUUUUCUUAUAAGACCGAAGAUGUAUUGCUAUAAGCUUAAUAGAGAGUGUAACGAAAUAGAAUUAAUUUAUGAAGGUGAAGUCAAUAGAUAA